GCAGCGCGCAACAUUGGACAGUGACAAAGAGAAAUAUAUAAAAAAUAUUGUGUUUUUCAGAAUUUAAAGAAAGGCGCGGCAAGUCUUUCGUAUAGUGAGAGCAUAAAGAAACAUAUUAUAAAUAACAAAAUAAGCAAAUUGUAAAACGCGACGUGGAAAAAUUAAACACAAAUUUGAAUAAGUGCACGAGACGGUGAGAAAGAAUAAUUUGCAUACAUGCAUAUGUACAUACAUACAUAGAAACGUGAAGUGAAGCGUCAACUGCCCCAGCGUGUUUUGCGGCAAAUCACACACACACGUACACAAAGACGAGCACAUCAAUAUAGUUUGUUUAAUGUUUGCGGCACUUACAACUACAAAAAUUUGUCUAAACAACAUAAAAAACUUCAAAUGCCGCAGCAUUUUUGCUCAAUGUUAAAAUGAUUUAAAAAUAAAUAAAUAUAAUAAUUAAGCAAAACGCAGUGAUCAUUUGUUGCAUUUUAUACUAAAACAAAAACGUAAGGAUAAAAACCAAGUGCAUCAACGCAGCGAGCUUAAGCAAUCGUAGUACGACUAGUAAAAGACACCACCAAUUUAAUUUGAGAAGAAUUUGAGGGAAAACACGGAUAAGCCAACAAAUAAAAGACACCCAUAUCGUACAUGAACCUCUAAUAUUAACCACUUAUGAGACAUAAAGCAAUAACUGCAAGUAUAAUAACUGCAAACUAAGAAGGAAACAAGACAAACUGCAACCAUCAAAAGGCAAUUUAUUGAACUGUAACGCCGAUCUUUCCAAAAGUCAAAACACCCAACAAGAGCAGAGGCAGGCAUAUAUAUAGCAAUGGAAGACAAUAACACAAGCAGCAGUGCGAGCGGAGCACCCGUCAAACACGAGGAUCCAUCGGUGACACUCACUAUAAGGCUGAUUAUGCAAGGAAAGGAAGUUGGUAGUAUUAUUGGCAAAAAGGGCGAAAUUGUCAACAGAUUUCGCGAAGAGUCUGGUGCCAAAAUCAAUAUAUCUGAUGGUUCAUGCCCGGAACGCAUUGUUACAGUGUCUGGUACAACAAGCGCAAUCUUUUCGGCAUUUACACUCAUUACAAAGAAGUUCGAAGAGUGGUGCUCGCAGUUCAAUGAUAUAGGCAAAGUUGGCAAAACUCAAAUACCGAUACGAUUGAUUGUGCCCGCCAGUCAAUGUGGAUCGUUAAUUGGUAAAAGUGGAUCAAAGAUAAAGGAAAUUCGUCAGACCACAGGCUGUUCCAUACAGGUGGCUAGUGAAAUGUUGCCAAACUCUACAGAGCGUGCGGUUACUUUGAGCGGCAGUGCUGAGCAAAUAACCCAAUGCAUCUAUCAGAUAUGUCUUGUCAUGUUGGAGUCACCACCACGCGGUGCUACCAUACCAUAUCGACCAAAACCGCAAGUAACUGGCCCAGUCAUAUUGGCCAAUGGACAAGCCUUUACCAUACAGGGCAACUAUGCUGUACCCACCCAGGAGACCUGUCCAGUAUUUCCACUUGCUUUGGCUACCGGUGGUCUACACGCUGGUAUUUCCGGCCUCGCGGAUCCUUUGUUGAAGGGGGCACAUUUACCAGGAGCGGUACCAGCACACCAUCACCUACAGCAAAUACCCGAUGUUGCCAAAAAUCCAUUGGCCAGCCUUGCUGCCUUGGGUCUUGCUGGCAUGGCACCGGCAAACACUGGUGGACUUAACCAUACAGCCCUCGCCGCAUUGGCUGGCUCCCAAUUGCGCACGGCUAAUGCAAAUCGAGCUCAACAGCAGCAGCACGAGAUGACCGUUUCAAAUGACUUAAUUGGCUGCAUCAUUGGCAAGGGGGGCACCAAGAUCGCCGAAAUACGCCAGAUCUCUGGAGCCAUGAUUCGCAUCUCCAAUUGUGAGGAACGUGAGGGCGGUAACACCGAUCGCACUAUAACCAUCAGCGGUAAUCCAGACUCGGUGGCCUUGGCCCAAUACUUAAUCAACAUGAGUGUUGAGCUGCAGAAGGCCAAUCUUCAGGAGGCGGCCAGCAACGGCGGAUCUGCAAGUGGUGGUGGUGUUGCUAGCGGUGCUGGCACAGGUGGUGUGGCAGGUGGUGUCAAUGGCAAUGUUUCGAGCGCUGCAGUUGGCACGGGCAGUAACAGCAGCCUUGCCUCGGUGCUCAGUGGCAGCAACAACAGCAGCUGUGGUAGCAGCACCGCCAAUUCGGGCAACGGUAAUGGCAGCGCCAACAGUAGCGGCACAACCUAUGCUACCAAUGGCAGUACGAAGGCAGGCAGCACAGGCAGUAACACGAAUAGUAAUAGCUCGACAGCUGUGUCCAACGCUACCGCGGCGACUACAGCGUUCAGCAACGUCAUUAAUCCGACCGCGGCCGCUGCCUUAGCAAGCCCAUUGGCCUCGGCACUGCAGCUACUGACCAAGCCGGGAGCACUGAGUGCCCUUUCCAAUCUCAGUGCACUCGAUCUGCUCAGCCUCACUACGCUGGGAAACAAUAGCACAAGCGGGCCUCCAGUGCAGACCACCGGCGUAAAUCGGGCGAAGGGUCACUACGCAACUUCCCGAUUUCGACAGCAUCAAACGGAGACAGGCAUCGAGUCGGAGAAGCCGCGAAACAAGUUUAAUCCCUACUAGGAGUAGGCCCACCAUCUUCAUAUUUAACGAAUACGCAGAUGUACACGUAUUUCGCUUUUGUCUAUCGACUAUUUAAAAUUUAGUUUCAUAAGCCCAAAAAGUAUACAACGGAUCAUCAACAAAAACCUAGAUUUAAAGUUGCGAAAGCUUUAGUUUGCAUUCUUGAAGAAUUUCACCGAAUCCUUUUGGAAUUCUAAAAAGGUGUAUAAGUAUUUGAAGGAAAUCCAAGACAUUUUUAACUCGUAUCUACUCGAACCCAAUUUAAAGUAUCCACUUAGUUUUUAGUACACAAACGCUAUUCGCCUAAAAGUAAUAUAUUCGCGUAACAUAAAUAUGUAGGCGUACAUACACACUCGUAUAUACACACUUAUAGAGCCACGAAACCUAUAUCGAAAUCGAAUAUGCGCACCUGUGGCAAAGGAACACCCAAUUGUGCUCUAUAAUGAUAUUCUCCUCGACAUUUGACCAAGACAAAAAAUGCAUAAAAAAUAUAAGGAUCCCAGUAGAAAUUGGAUAUUUCCCCUUUUUAUAUAUACACUUACAUACAUAAAAGUAGGUUUAGAAUUUGCCAAAUUUUAGUAUAUCGUUAGGAGUUUUUAUCCCUUGUUAACGUGAAAGUUAUAGCAAACAACGAUGAAGCUCUUCAUAUAAUGUAGCUCAUAUUUCGAUUAUAUAGUACAUACGUGUAUGUCGAAUGUUUUAUAACGCCUAGGCUUAUAACUAUAAUCAUACCCAUUAUAUAGGUCAUUUGUAUGUCACUAAAUCGAAUAUUAACCCUAUAUACGUUCGGCACAUAGUUUAAUCAAUCACAUGCAUUGUAUUAUAUGAUUUGUCAUUAAAUCCCUUUACCUACAUUUUAUCUAUGUAGUAUGUAGCAGUAAAUGUAUUGCAAAUAGGCUUUAAGUAAGAAAACAAACCAUUUGUUGUAGAGGCUUCUUAAAGAAGUCUAAACACAAAUUCCAAUCGCGCUUGUUGGCUUAUUUAGUCCAGGCUUUUGGGCACAACGACUUUUAAGGACCAAUUCGCUCUAAUUAACGCAAUCUACGCAACGAGCGUACAAAAUAACACAUACACACACACAGAGACACAUACACAUACAUACGACGGCAAAAUUCAAAAUUAAGGCAACAAUCGAUACAUAUUCGAAGAUAUAAGUAUGUUAGAACACAAACAAUAAAGCUAUUAUGUAUUAGACUUAAAGUCUUAAAUUGUUUACAGAUCCAUAAUUUAACAGGAU